AUGCAGUACUUGACUUUUGGUCCGCCUUGUAUAGUUUAUAAUAAUAGUAAAAUAUGGAGUUUUAGGUACGCAACGGACGUGGUUACCACAAUUCGACUUCUGGUUCUGAUUACGGUAAUCACAUGCACUGUGGCGUGUGUAUUUGCUGGAAUUAACUUGAUCGGAAAACAACCGUUCGCUGUGAAAGCUCAGUUUCUUACUGUGAGUGGAACCGCUUUGCUGGAAGUGCUUAUGUGUUCACUACCAGCUGACCAUUUGAUAGAUAUGAGCGAGAACAUAAUGCAAGGAAUAUAUGAAUCAAAAUGGUACGAACGAUCUCUAAAAAUUCAAAAGUCUACAGUCCUCAUGUUGACUCCUCAAUCUCCGGUGACAGUAAAAAUCAAGUGCCUCAUUCCAGUUCUUUCUUUGAAUUUUUACUGCUCGUACGUCUCAAAUGUGUUCUCUUUAUUUACCGCUUUAAGAAUAGUCAUGAUAGACGAUGAAAAUGGAAAUUGA